GCGCCCCCACUGCCGGUCCCCCCAUUUCGCCGCCGUUUUUCUGGGAGCAGCAGCGACCGUUCCCGAUUUCCCGGGAAUUCCUGGAGCCAUGGAUGGAUUCCCGAUCCUCCCCCGCCUGCUGCUGGUGGUUCUGACCCUGCCCGGAAUUUGGGGGGUCGAAGUGCGCCACACCAUCACCCAGACGGAAUUCUACCAAAAAUCCCUGGAUUCCGGGAUCGACAGCUCCGAGUUCAUGUUCGACUUCGACGGCGACGAGAUUUUCCACGUGGAAAACGAGGAGACCGUUUGGAGGCUCCCGGAAUUCCAGGAAUUCACCAGUUUCCAGGCUCAGGGAGCGCUCCAGAACAUUGCCAUCGACAAACAGAAUCUGGAAAAUUCCAUGGCCGCUUCCAACAAUUCCCGGAUUCCCAGCGGUAACGGAGCCGUGGGGGAGCGGGAGGAGGAGGAGGAAGGGGAGGGGUUUUUAUUUUGGGAGGGAAUUCCAGAGGGAUUUCGGGGAAAUUUGGGAUUUUUCAGUGUAAUUCCAGGGGUUUUGGUGCAAUUCCUGGGGAUUUCACCUCAAUCGUGUCUGGAUCCGAUCUGGAUUUUGGCUGAAUCCACCCCAACUCCUCCCAAUUCCCAAUUAUUCCCAAUUAUUCCCAAUUAUUCCCAAUUAUUCCCAAUCCCCAAUCAUCCCAGUCAAUCAUUCCCGAUAAACCGUUCCCAACAUUCCCAGUAAACCAUUCCCAAAUAAAUCAUUCCCAAUUAAUCAUUCCCAAUUAUCCCAAAUAAACCAUUCCCAAUAAUCCCCAAUUAA